UUAAUGACUAAACAAAAAGGAGAUGAACUUGAAUUUUUUCUUUUGCAACUUUUACAAGAAAAUUUAAUCGAAUGCAAUACAACGAGAACAAGUUAUUUUGUUAAUUCGACAUUUACUCCUAUUGGUGAUGGCAGAAUUGAUUUAUUUGUAUUAGCAAAACAAGCAGAAGAUACUGUGGAAUUUUUUGUUACAAAUACUGAAUAUUCUCUGAAUGCUCUUAAUGAGGCAG